AUGAACACAUCUGCUGGAGCCUUGGGGGCGGAGCUGACGGACGAGGAGAAAGAGAUCAUCAACAGCGUGAUCGCCCGGGCGUCCAUGAUGGAGAACAUGGAGCAGCAGAGGAUUAGCCGCCUCUCCACCCGUCUGGAUGACAUCAGGAGGACGGCGUGUGGCGACGGCCAGUCCCGCUGCCUCCUGUGCGGGGAGGCGUUCGGACCGCAGGGGGUCUCGCCGGUGCUCUGUGUUCAGUGCAGAAAGAACAUGUGCAGUAAGUGCGGGAUCUGCAGUCACAGCCGGUCAUGUCCCGUGUGGCUCUGUCGGAUCUGCAGCGAGCAGCAAGAGAUCCAGAAGCGUUCAGGGGCCUGGUUCUACAAGGGCCAGGCCCAGCAGGUGCUGCCUGGCCCACUGCCCCUCACCGGGCCCAGCAAGCCCAGCAGGGAGACCAGGGCCCAGCAGAACCUCCGGGAACCAGCCCAGCAGACGAUGGAGGCCAGCGACCAACCACCACAACAAGAGCCACAACAGAGACCCAGUGGGCCAGAACACGGGUACUCUGGACCCCGCACUGGACCCUCAGCAGGGGCCAAUGAUGUGGAAAGUAGCUCCCUCGAGAGGUGCACCACAGCGCCCUCUUCAGGCGUCAUGAUGAAAACACAGCCGCUCGUUUCCUCUACCCCAUCAGCGCGUACUGCUGCUGCUGCUAGUCCCUCGCCAGCCCGAGUCGCGCCUCAGCAGACAGAAGAGGAUGAGGUUGACUACGACUCUGAUGAGUCCACUACUCUGGGCUUACUAGAGUUCUCCCUCCUCUACGAACAGGAGACCCAUGCUCUACACUGCUGCAUUGUCAAAGCCAAGGGUCUGAAGCCGAUGGACUCCAACGGGCUGGCCGACCCCUACGUGAAGCUGCACCUGCUGCCUGGAGCUAGCAAGUCUAAUAAACUUCGUACCAAGACGCUGAAGCACACGUUGAACCCUGUGUGGAACGAGACGCUGGUGUACCACGGCAUCACCGAUGAAGAGAUGACCCGCAAGUCACUCAGGCUCGCAGUGAGCGAUGAGGAUAAGUUUGGCCAUAAUGAGUUCAUCGGAGAGACUCGUGUGGCGCUGAAGAAACUCAAGUUCAACCAGAAGAAGAACUUCAGUGUGUGCCUGGAGAGGGUGGUCCAGGUGAAGAAGGCACAAGGGGGGUCAGCGAGGGGUAUGGCUCUCUAUGAGGAUGAUGGCAAGGACGGAGAGAGCAGCGAGGAGCGGGGCCGCGUCCAGGUGUCUCUGCACUACGACAGCCGGCAGGGCCGCCUGGUGGUGGGAGUGGUGCGCUGCGCCCACCUUGCCGCAAUGGACUCCAACGGAUACUCCGACCCCUUCGUUAAAGUAUGUCUGAAGCCAGAUAUGGGGAAGAAGGCCAAGAACAAGACACAGACGAAGAAGAAGACCCUUAACCCAGAGUACAACGAGGAGUUCAGCUAUGAAAUAAAACAUGGUGAGUUGGCCAAGAAGACCUUGGAUAUCUCCGUCUGGGACUACGACAUGGGCAAGUCCAACGAUUUCAUCGGCGGCUGCCAGCUGGGCAUCCAGGCGAAGGGAGAGUGUCUGAAGCACUGGUACGAAUGUCUGAAGAACAAAGACAAGAAGAUAGAGCGCUGGCACGUUCUCCUCAAUGACGACCCUGCCAAGUUCGAGGACUGAGACCUCCUUCCUUCAUCUAUCCAUCUCAUUUUGGGUCCAGUGACAGUUAUCCAUUCCCAUCUCUUCCCAGUCGGAGCGGGGGCUUUUAUUCUGGAACGCACCCACGGGUUUGUGUCCUCCCUACCUUUUACGGUGUUUGUUCUGAGGCAGAAUGUGCAUGCAUGUCUAGAAUGGAUUCUGACCUCGUUGCCAAUAUGUGGCCAUUAAUAUUGAAGCAGUUUUCAGUUCUACCAUAGGAUUUCUCUUUUAUUUUGUCUUUCAGCAUUAACCUAAUGUUAAGAGAAUGAUAAUUCCAUUUCGUGUCCUUUACUGUGGGACGGUAUGUUAUUAAGCGUGUCUUGUACCUCGUCUCUACCUCCUAAGGUGAUCUCCUGCGCUCUUAUUGUGAAAUGAGAAGAUCACAUACUGUGCAAUAAUGUGAUAUAAUGUUAUAUACAAUGCUAUGUCACACCUUAUUUUAGUCCAUAUUCGUUUGAUUUAGUAGUCUGUACUAAGAUGAAAUAUCUUCUUAUCUGUUAUAUUUAUCCUGGAAAUAUUGUAGAUUGUUAAAAGACAGUUGGUAUUACUGACCUAAAUAAGUCUGGUUUGUGUUAAAAUAUUAAAAGUCAUCAGAAUGAAUUGACUAGCCUACUAGCUCCUACUAUGCUCUUCUGCAACUGCAUGGCUAUGUAUCUCUCUCUCCCUCUCUGUAUUGCUCUCUGUGUGGUCCUCUCGCUAACACUAUCUCUGUAUCGCUCUCUCUCUCUCUUUUGCUCUCUCCCUAAACAUCUCUCAGAAUCUCUCUCUGUAUCUCCCUUUAUAUCUCUUUCUCUAUCUCUCUUUCUCUC